AUGGAGCAACAACAGCAGCCGCAAGGUCAAGCACCUCAAACUGGUGUCCCUGGUCCAACCGGACGAAGACUGCACAUUGCGCAUCGAAGAAGUCCUUCAGAACUUACUCCAUUAAUGAUGGAACAACUGGCUAUUCAGCAACAAAUUGAGCUUCUACAAGCACAGCAACAGCAGAUUCAAGCUACGCAUCAACAAUAUGUCAAUAUGGGAAUGAUUCCCAACCAACAUCUUGCUGCUCCUGGCCAAGGUUUCAAUCCUUUACAGCAACAACAAAUGCAAAACCAAAAUGCAUUCCAAUUCUCUAAUCAGCUACAACCACAACAGAUGAAUGUACCCAUGGGAGCGCCUCCAACGCAGCCUCUCUCACAUCGUCGUAAUCAAUCGGCACUUCCAAAUAUGGGUAUGGCUAUGGCAGGUCCACCACCUGCUCCAUCUUCAGGUGCGGCUGGCCAAGGCUUUACUCCAGACUUUGGCGGAAACAACAACCGUGGGGAAAAUCAAUCUACAAGAGGUGGUCGUGGCGGAGGACCUCCAGGUGGUGGUCAUCAGAGACGUCAUUCUCUUGCCUUGCCUGAAGCCAAGAAGGCAGCUGAAAUCGCACAACAGAAGAGAACUACUUCUGGAUUUCAAUUCCCGAUUCCUGGUGCAGCUGGGGCUACAUCGACUACUGGUGGUGAUAAUUCAGAAAAUGUGAGCCCCGGCGAAGACAAACCUACACAAAGUACCAGCAAUCAUUUGACCCCAAGCUCUGCUAUGCGUGGUGGUCGUGGUGCCCAUGGUAGAAGUCAAAGUAUGGCUGUCGGAGGUGGUCAAAAUGGUAGAGGUGGAUCAUCUCAACGAGGUGGUGGCUCAUUUCAAUUCCCAUCAACACAAGGAUCUACAGACAAUGGUGCAGGUCAAAACAAUGACUUUGGAAGAAGAAACAGUGCUCAAGCUGGGCAUGCUCGUAACUCUUCUCGAAACUUUGAUGGUAACUGGAGAAAUCAAGUACCUCAAAAUGCUGCUCCUCAAGAUCCACAACCACAAAUGGGUAACUUCCAAGGUCAACAAAACCAAGGUGGUUUCCAACCAGGUCACCGUAAUCGUGGAUCUAUCAAUCAAUCCAUGAGUAACAUCGGUGGAUUUCAAUACCAAGGUCAACCUCAAUUGGUACAAUUUGCUCAAGGGCAAAUGAUCAUGCCUCAAGGUUUAGGGUUCCAACAAAUGAAUCCUUUACAGCUUAAUCAACUUCAGCAGCAACUACAGGCUUCGCAACAAAUGAAUGGACAAAUGGGUAUGCAAAAUGGUCAGCAGCAACAGCAGCAACAGCAACAACGUAAAACCUUGUUCACCCCUUAUCUUCCUCAGGCUACUCUUCCAGCCCUUCUUGGCGAUGGUCAGCUCGUUUCAGGUAUUUUAAGAGUUAACAAGAAGAAUCGUUCCGAUGCUUACGUCACUACCCAUGAUGGAUUGCUCGACGCUGAUAUCUUCAUCUGUGGUAGCAAGGACCGUAACCGCGCUUUGGAGGGAGAUCUCGUUGCAGUUGAGUUGUUGGAUGUCGACGAAGUUUGGGGACAAAAGCGCGAGAAGGAGGAAAAGAAGAAGCGCAAAGAUAUUACCGAUACCAGAACUGGUGGAUCGGGCAAUGGAAACAAUGAUCGCAAUCAUCAUCGCGAUAACUCCACCAAUGGUGAUGAUCAAAACCAAGAGGGUGGACUCAGAAGACGUGGAAGUUUGAGACAACGACCAACCCAAAAGAAGAAUGAUGAUGUUGAAGUUGAGGGUCAGAGUCUUUUACUUGUCGAGGAAGAGGAAGUCAAUGACGAACAGAAGCCACUCUACGCUGGUCACAUUGUCGCAGUCAUUGAACGUGUCGCCGGACAAAUGUUUUCCGGUACCCUAGGUCUUCUUCGACCAUCCAGUCAAGCUACUAAGGAAAAGCAAGAAGCUGAACGUCAAGCUCGUGAUGGAAAUUCUGGACGUCAUCAAGAGCAACGUCAACAGGACAAGCCAAAGAUUGUUUGGUUCAAACCUACCGACAAGCGUGUUCCAUUGAUUGCCAUCCCUACUGAACAAGCACCACGCGAUUUCGUCGAGAAGCAUCAAGAUUAUGCUGAUCGUAUUUUCGUUGCUUGCAUCAAGAGAUGGCCAAUCACCUCUCUUCAUCCUUUCGGUACCCUUGUUGAACAACUUGGUAAGAUGGGUGAAUUGAAGGUUGAGACUGACGCUCUUCUUCGUGACAACAACUUUGCUUCUGAUGAGUUUUCAGAUGCUGUUACACGCAGCGUUGGCCUUGAUGAUUGGUCUUUGGAGAAGGAAGAUGAAACUUCCAUCUCCACUAGACGUGAUUUCCGAAGCGAGAAGACCUUUACCAUUGAUCCAAAUGGUGCCAAUGAACUUGAUGAUGCUAUUCACGUGAAGACUGAAGCAGAUGGAAAGAUUGAAAUCGGUAUUCACAUUGCUGAUGUUGCUCAUUUCAUCAAGGCAAACUCUCUUGUAGAUAGAGAGGCACGCAAACGUGGAACUGCUGUUUAUUUGAUGAACAGAUCUUGUGCUAUGUUACCUCCAAAGAUUGCCUCGGACAUUUGCUCUUUGACACCAGGUCAAGAUCGUCUCACCGUCUCGGUUGUAUUCAAAGUCAACGCCCAAACUGGCGCUGUUUUCGAGGAUGAGACUUGGAUUGGAAAGAGUAUCAUCAAGAGUGGUGGCAAGUUGUCAUAUAAGGAUGUCGAUGCUGUACUUUCCGGCCAAACCGAUGUAAAACUCGAGGGUGCGGAAGUAAAGGAUAUUCAAAUCCUCAAUGCUGUUGCUCAAAAGUUCCGUGAAUCUCGUCUUGGUUCUGAUGGAGAGACUAUUGCACCAUUAAGACUUGUUUAUCAAUUGGAUGAUGAGAAUGUUCCGGUGGAACAAAAUAUCUUUGAUUCUACUCCGUCUCAUGAAUUGAUUGAAGAAUUGAUGAACAAGGUCAACUCUUAUGUGGCACAAAAGAUCUACCAAGGCCUUCCUGAAAAGGCACUCCUUCGUCGACAAGGUCCACCAAAUCCAAGACGUCUUCAAACAUUUGCUGAUCGCAUGAACAAAAUUGGAUACGAAAUCGAUACAUCAAGCAGUGGACGUCUUCAAAAUAGUCUUUUCAAGGUUGAUGAUACCGACAUUCGCAAGGGAAUGGAAACUCUUUUAGUCAAGUCCAUGCACCGCGCCAAAUAUUUCAUCGCUGGAAAGACUCAACCACAUCUUUACCCUCAUUAUGCUCUUAACUUACCAUUAUACACUCAUUUCACUAAUCCAUCUCGUCGUUAUGCAGACUUGGUUGUUCAUCGUCAACUCGAAGCUGUCCUUUCUGAAGGCAAGAUUGAAUACAAUGAAGACAUGGAGACUCUCGUCAAGACAACCGAGUCUUGCAACGGAAAGAAGGAUUCGGCUCAAAAUGCUCAAGAGCAGAGUGUUCACAUUGAGUCAUGUAGAAUUAUGGAUAGAAAACGUGAAGAGGCUGGUGGUGAACUUAUCAGUGAGGGUAUCGUCGUCUGUGUUUACGAAUCUGCUUUCGAUGUUUUAAUUCCUGAGUUUGGCUUUGAAAAGAGAGUUCAUUGCGAUCAACUUCCACUUAAGAAGGCCGAAUUCAGAAAGAAUGAGAGAGUACUUGAGCUGUAUUGGGAGAAGGGUGUACCAUCAUCUGCAUAUGUUCCAGAAGAUGAGCGCCCAAAGGCUGGUGCAUCUCAAAGAACUACCAACGCUGCUGCCGCUGCUAAGCAAGCCGCUGUUGCCGAGAGAGCCAAGAAGGAGCACGAAGAAGCUCAACGAAAGACAACGGAGACUGGUACCAUCUCAACCGAUGAUGUUGAUGCUUUAUUCGAUGAUGACGAUGAUGCUUCUGACAUUGCUGGUAGCGUUGCCGGUGUUUCUCUUGCUGAACGCCCAACUCAAAGUGUUCCACCAUCACCAACCAAGAACUCAAUAUCAGCCGCAACCAGCCUCCACCGAACUCGUUCCGACUCAAAGGUACCAACUGGCGAACCUGUUGAAGCUAAGCUUAGUGCUAAGGAGAAGUACUUGAAGUAUUUCACCCUUCGCGAAGAAGAUGGUGAAUACAUUCAAGAUGUCAAGGAGAUGACAAGAGUUCCAGUCAUUUUGAAGACUGAUCUUACAAAGAGUCCACCAUGUCUCACAAUUAGAUCGCUCAAUCCUUACGCACUCUAA